UCAUGUAUUUUGAUUUUGGUCUUAAUUGAGUGCACUUUGAUUGGCUUUUAGCUGACAUUUGGCGGCCAAUGUCUUCGCGAUGGUAUCCGCGGUAUGUGUUGGGCAACCCUCAGCUCCGGGUCUUUUUGCCAGACUUUUGGAUGGUUUUACAGAAACCCAAAGACCCGUUACCCGCAAAUCGGGUUCAAUUCAAAAUACCCGUUAUUAUGACCAAAUGGGAUGUCAGGAACUAUUUGGAGAAAAUCUACAAAAUACCGGUCGUAAACGUGCGGACAGUCGUCCGCUGCGGCGAUAUUAAGAGAGCCAAUGGGAAGAUGUAUCUCAUCAAAGAGGAGGACUACAAGACAGCGAUCGUUGAUUUGCCAAAGGAUAUGACAUUUGAAUUCCCGGAACUCUUCCCACACGAAAAAGUGGAUCAAAUGUCGACCGAUUUAAAAGAUGGUCAGAAAGAGCUAGAAUUCGGGACAUUAAGGGAAAAACGGAAGAAUCAAAAGAAUAUGAGAGACAACGUUCCCGAUUGGUUCGGUCUCUAACACACAAUCACAUCAUUUGUUUAGUUUUGUAGACAUUUAUUAAAUAAAAUCAAUUAGUAAUAUAUA